AUGACCAGUUUCGAUGUCAAUGGCACGCAGCCAACUGCUGGCAACCCGAUGGGAAACCCAGCACUAGGCACCGGAACAACCACUGGUGGCGUCAAUUGGGUGGGAUACCUAACUACUGUGAACAAUGCCUCAACAGUUCUCAGCUAUAACCUUGCUGUUGGAGGAGCGUCCCUUGACAAUUCCCUUGUCUCUACCAAUACCAAGGAAGAUAUGGUAACACAAGUCGCCAGCUUCGAGACGAUAUAUAGUCAGAAGCCUGAUACUGCGCCGUGGACUUCAAAAAAUACCGUCUUUGGAUUCUGGAUUGGAAUCAAUGACAUUGGUUGGGCUUGGUCAAGCAACGACGCCAGUGUCCUGAUUCCAAAGAUCAUGGUCCAGUACAAGGCUCAAGCUGAAAAGCUCUACGCAAAUGGUGGACGGAAGUUCAUCUUCCUCAAUGUGCCACCUGUAAGCCGUUCUCCCCAGAUCGCCAAUCAAGGGACAACCGUUGCGGCCGGCCACGCUAAGUGGCUUGCGGCUUUCAACGCUGCCCUCGAAACAAUGGUCACCGAAUUCAUUGCUGACAACAAUGGCACUACAACCGUUCUCUACGAUACCUUCACCUUCAUGAGUAAAGUUCUCGAUGCCCCUACAACAUAUGGAUUCACCGAUGCCAGUUGCAUCAAUGACGAUGGUGCUACCUGUGUCUGGUGGAAUGACUACCACCCAGGUUACGCUUACCACAAGCUGCAGGCAGCGGAUAUGAAAGAGCACAUGCACUCUCUCGGUCCUUGGUAG